AACCAUCCUUGUUUAUAAUAUGCCUCCGCACUGCUCGUAAAACCAUUUGAGCCAAACUAAAAUAAACGUCUCCCAAAUCCAAAGAGAAACGGAGAGAGAGGGAAAAAAUACACAACUUUAGUUCUAUCUUAGACAUUUUAUCAAACACCUCUCCACCAAUCUCAUACGCGUUUUAUCAAAUCAUUUAUCGUUCAAUCUAUCAUAGGCAUUUUAUCAAACACCUAUCGUUCAAUCUAUCAUAGGUAUUUAAUCAAACAACUUUCCGGCAAUCUAUCAUAUGCAUUUUAUCAAACACCUUUAGCACAAUCUAUCAAACACCUUUUGAGCGCAAUCUAUCACACACAUUUUAUCAAACAACUUUUGCGCGCAAUCUAUCACACACAUUUUAUCAAACACAUUUCGUGCAAUCAUUAUUCUUAAGUUCAUAUACAUAUACCUGGUAAAUAUGAAGUUUUUCGUUCAACUGGUGUCGUGUUGUGGCUGUUCAUCAAAACGUGCAGAGGAAGAGGAGAUCCUUGUACCUGCAUCAGCUGUAACAUCGUCCGAUAGGAACAACAUCAUUAUGUAUAAAGGGAGGCGAAGGAGAAGACGAGGGUCGGCGAGAUCAGCCGGUUCAUUCCCUGAAUGGAAACCGUCUCUUUCAUCUAUAUGCGAAGAUACAGAUCAUGCUCUGCCGCCGAGAAUGGCGGCAGCUAAUUCCGGCAGAAAUUUGAAGAAGAAGGUCGCAGUAGCUGCUUCGCGCCCUAUGAAUCAUCAACUCCCUCAUCAUCGUAAUCGUAAAUCCAGGUUCUCCAGGAUAGCUUGCCUUGCUGCAAUGAUUCCAGCCCCUUUCUUGAUUUGAUAUUUGGACUAAUCCACCUCCGGCUCUCUUUGUUAUUGUAAUUUUUUUAAAAAAUUAAAACUCUUGUAUAUUAUGA